UCAUCAUCAUCAUCAUCAUCAUCAUCAUCAUCAUCAUCAUCAUCAUCAUCAUCAUCAUCAUCAUCAUCAUCAUCAUUUUCACCUACUACGGUCGCGACUUCUACGGCGGCACUUACGACGGCUGCCCCGACUACAGCUCCAACUCCAACAGCUGAAUCUACCACAACUACACCUAUUGCAGCUUCUACUACCACAUAUACAUCUACCAAAGCUACACCUUUCACAGAUUCACCUACCAUAACUACUCCUACCACAGCUACACCUACAACAGCUACACCUACAACAGAUACACCUAACACAGCUACACCUACCACAACUACCCCUAACACAAUUACACCUACCACAACGACUCCUACCACAACUAUUCCUACCACAACUUCAUAUAUCACAGCUACUCCUACCACAGCUUCUCCUACCACAACUACUCCUACCACAAUAACACCUACCACAACUUCUCCUACCACUGCUACUCCUACCACAACUACUCCUACCACAACUACAUCUACAACAGCUUCUCCUACCACAACUUCUCCUACCCCAACUACAUCUACCACAACUACUUCUACCACAGCUACUCCUAUCACAACUACUCCUACCACAACUACAUCUACCACAGUUACUCCUACCACAGCCACACCUAACACAGCUACACAUAUUACAACUACACCUACCACAACUACUCCUACCACAACUACAUCUACCACAACUUCUUCUACCACAGCUACUCCUACCACAAUUACUCCUACCACAUCUACAUCUACCACAACAACAUCUACCACAGCUACACCUAACACAGCUACACAUAUCACAACUACUCCUACCACAACUACUCCUACCACAACUACAUCUACCACAACUACUUCUACCACAGCUACUCCUACCACAACUACUUUUAACACAAUUACACCUACCACAACUACCCCUACCACAACUACAACUACCAUUGCUUCUCCUACCACAACUACUUCUACCACAAUUACACCUACCACAACUACUCCUACCACAACUACCCCUACCACAACUACAACUACCAUUGCUUCUCCUACCACAACUACUUGUACCACAAUUACACCUACCACAACUACUCCUACCACAAUUAAAAAUACCACAACUACUCCUAACACAAUUACACCUACUACAACUACUCCUACCACAACUACUCCUACCACAACUACCCCUACCACAACUACAUCUACCGCAGCUUCUCCUACCACAACUACUCCUACCACAAUUACACCUACCACAACUGCUCCUACCACAAUUACACCUACCACAACUAAUCCUACCACAACUACAUCUACCACAGUAACUCCUACCACAACUACACCUACCACAGCUACACCUACCACAACUACUCCUACCACAACUACACCUACCACAGCUACUCCUACCACAACAACUACACAUACCACAACUACUCCUUCCACUGCUACUCCUACCACAAUUACACCUACCACUACUACUCCUUCCACAAAUACAGCUUCCACAACUUCACCUGUCACAACUUCUCUUACCACAGCUAAUCUUUCCAUAGCUACACCUACCACAACUACUCCUACCACAAUUAUACCAGCCACAACUUCACCUAUCACAAAUAUACCUUCCACAGCUACACCUAUCACAACUACUCCUACCACAACUACUCCUUCAACAGUUACACAUACCACAACUACACCUACCACAACUACUCCUUCCACAGUUACACAUACCACAUCUACAUAUACCACAACUACUCCUUUCACAGUUACUCCCACCACAACUACACCUACCACAGCUUCUCUUACCAUAGCUACUCUUACCACAGCUACCCCUACAACAAUUACUCCUACCACAACUACUACUACCUUAACAACACCUACCACAGCUACUCCUACCACAUCUACACCUACCACAGCUACUCCUACAACAAUUACACCUACCACAAUUACACCUACCACAACAAAUACUACCUUAACAACACCUACCACAGCUACUCCUACCACAUCUACACCUUCCACAGCUACUCCUACAACAAUUACACCUACCACAACUACUACUACCUUAACAACACCUACCACAGCUACUCCUACCACAUCUAUACCUACCACAGCUACACCUACCACAGUAACUCCUACUACAACUACACAUUUCACAACUACACCUACCACAACUAACACUACCACAACUACUCCUACCACAACUACACUUACCACAACUACUCAUUCCACAGCUACUCCUACCACAAUUACAUAUACCACAACUACUCCUACCGUAACUACUCCUACCACAACUACACCUACAACAGCUGCUUCUACCACAACCUAUCCUGCCAUGACUAUUCCUACCACAACUUCACCGUCCACAACUACUCCUACCACAACUACUCCUACCACAUUUACUCCUACCACAACUACCCCUACUACAACUUUACCUACCACAACUACUCAUUCCACAGCUACUCCUACCACAAUUACAUAUACCACAACUACUCCUACCACAAUUACACCUACAGCAAGUACUCCUACCACAAUUACACCUACCACAACUACAUCUACCACAACUACUCCUAUCACAACUACUCCUACCACAAUUACACCUACCACAACUACUCCUACCACAAUUACACCUACCACAACUACUCCUACCACAAGUACUUUUACCACAAUUACACCUACCACAACUACUCCUACCACAAUUACACCUACCACAACUUCUCCUACCACAAUUACACCUAACACAACUACACCUACCACAGCUACUCCUACCACAAUUACACCUACCACAACUUCUCCUAACACAAUUACACCUACCACAACUACUCCUACCACAAUUACACCUACCACAACUACAUCUACCACAGCUACUCCUACCACAACUACAUCUACCACAACUACUCCUACCACAACUACUCCUACCACAAUAACACCUACCACAACUACUCCUACCACAAUUACACCUACCACAACUUCUCCUACCACAAUUGCACCUAACACAACUACACCUACCACAGCUACUCCUACCACAAUUACACCUACCACAACUACUCCUACCACAAUUACACCUACCACAACUACAUCUACCACAGCUACUCCUACCACAACUACUUCUACCACAACUACUCCUACCACUACUACUCCUACCACAAUUACACCUACCACAACUACAUCUACCACAGCUACUCCUACCACAACUACAUCUACCACAACUACUCCUACCACAACUACUCCUACCACAAUUACACCUACCACAACUACAUCUACCACAGCUACUCCUACCACAACUACAUCUACCACAACUACUCCUACCACAACUACUCCUACCACAAUUACACCUACCACAACUACUCCUACCACAAUUACACCUACCACAACUACUCCUAUCACAACUAUACCUACCACAACUACACCUACUACAACCGCUUCUUCAACAACUACUUCUACCACAACUACUCCUACCACAAUUACACCAACCACAGCUACAUCUACCACUGUUUCACCUUCUACAACCACAAUUUCCACUAUUACACUUUUUCCAUCCACACCUUCUACAGCUACGCCUACUUCAGCUACACCUUCUACAGCUACACAUUCUACUGCUUCACCCUCUUCAGAUUCACCUACAUCACCGUCGCCAAGUGUAGGUGAGUGCAUGAUCAUCAAACUAAACAACUUUUAA